GCCCCCGGCGGCGGAGCGCGCUCACUGCAGGACGGGCGCCCGGCGCGGCCCGUCUCACUCGCCCGACUCCUGGCCGGAAGGCGCCGGCGUUCCCUCACACCCGGCACGGCGGGCGGAGGCAGCCUGGCAGGAACGCGGCCGGCAGCGUGAUAACGGAGUGACUGGAGCUGAGCAGAUGAACCGUGAAGGUGCCCACGGGAAGACUCCCGAUGAGAUGUACAUCCAACAGAAGGUGCGAGUGCUGCUUAUGCUGAGGAAGAUGGGAUCAAAUCUAACUCCAAGCGAAGAGGCUUUUCUACGAACAUAUGCCGGAGUAGUGAACAGCCAGCUUAGCCAACUUCCACAGCACCCAAUUGAUCAGGGUGCGGAGGAUGUUGUGAUGGCUUUCUCCAGACAAGAAACAGAGGACAGGCGGCAAUGAAAGGAUUUGGGUGGCAGGCAGCAAGAUUAUGGACGAUUCUUAAUGCAGAUUCCAGAGUGCUCACAAGUUGCUUGUCUUCUCGUGUACUGUAGCAUCGCAGCAAUGUCUGUGUUGUUAUCUGGACUGCUUCUAACGACCAGGGGCAAAAAGACCCAUUUUCUUUUUGGUUGGUCAAAGGGAUUCACUGUCCUCAUGUAUUUUAAUUUGUGUGCAUUGUCUUUAUUUUUUUAAAGUAUAUUACGACUGCUCCUGGUUUGCAGCAUAACUGCAGCUGGGAUGUUGUGUGACACAAGCUAGGCUCUGCCUCUGACACUCUGCAUUGAAGCUUCACUUGUGCACUCCUACGGUGGAAGGAGAUGCAGUGUUUUCCAGUUCUUGCUGGUGGACUCUGUGGAGAAUUGACUGACAUCACAUGUCCUUUUACUGCAGCCUAAUAAACACAACAAGCAGCAAAAGCUCCUCCCUGGAAACAGCACCAUAUGCAACAAGUGAAACAUUAGUUUAAGUUUCAUUUUUAGAUCCUACUAAAACUAAUAUGGUUAUUUGUUCUUUUUGUAUCAGCAAUACAGCUGCUUGAAACAAAGUUUAAAACCUUGGACAAUUUAUUUGUGUACAAUGACCAAAAUGUAAUCAAAAUGCUUGUGUUAUUAUGUCCAAUACCUUGCCCUCCCCUCCCAUACUUUUUUUUAAGGAAAAUGGCUGACACUGAAUAACAAUUUACUUGAAGGAAACACUCCAGAGGACAUAAGCAACGUACUUAACAAACUGACUUAUGCAGCAGAGGUAGCAGAGCAGCAAGUCAUCAGGGAGAGAUCUGGCUUUAACGAUCCAUGCAGCUGGUUACUGAUUUCUGAGGAUGCCGUUACUGAGGUAACCAUCCCCAACGUGGUGUCAUUGGCCUUGUGAGCCCAAGGCCAUCCAUUUAAUUGAUACCUCUGCACCCGAGUCCUUGAUGUUAAUAAAGUGAAUGUCUGCUUUGUCUCUA